AUGAAUAAACUUCCAACUGAAAUAAUAUUUUUUAUUUUUGGUUUAUUAGAUAAUAAAUCAAUGUUAUAUUUUGCAUUAACAUAUAGAUUUUAUAAAAGAAAAUUUGAUGAAUAUAUUUUUCCUCAAGUUAAACGUGAUGUAUGGUUAACAGCAACAAAAAUAUAUUUACCAAAAACUAAAAAAGGAAAAAGAUCAUAUGUAGAAUUUUCUGAUGAUCAAUUACCAUAUGAAGUUAAAUGUAUAUGCACUAGUAAAAGUGUUCGAAAACCAUUAAGUAGAGAUAUAAAAGGAAAUUUUUAUUGUGUUUCACCUUACAAUAAAGGAGAAAAAUUAAUAGCAGUACAUAAAUGGGAAGUUGAAACAAGACGAUGUGAUAAAUGUAAUUUUUAUAAAAAAUGUGGUCAGAUGCUAGUAUUUAGUGGAUGUAAUAUUCCUUUAUAUUCAUAUGUUAAUUGUUGUUUAAGAAAAAAAGAAUAUAUAAAUGAAAAAUCAAGUAAUAUAGAUUUAUAUCAAAUGAUGUUAUUUAGAAUAAUUAGUGCAAUAAAUGAAGGAAUUAAUACAUUUUCUCAAAAAAUUUCAAAUGAUAAACCAUCACAACAAUCACAACAACCAAAACAACAACAACCACAACAACUAAAAAAACCACAACUACAACCAAAACAACCACAACCACAACUAUAA